AUGGUCGUGAAACCUAAUUCUAGAACUCAGGUCAGGGAGGAUCAUAAUGAAGAUGAGCCAAAACCUCUAGAUCAGGCUGAUAUUGACAUAAUGAGAAAGUACGGAUUGGGUCCAUAUGUUACUCAAAUAAGACAAAUUGAGGUGGAAGUAAAAGAUUUAGUACGGUCUAUUUCAAAAUUAAAUAGUGUUAGAGAAUCAGAUACAGGCCUUGCACCACCUCCACAAUGGGAUUUAGCUGCAGAUAGACAGAUGAUGCAGAUGGAACAGCCACUACAAGUAGCUCGCUGUACAAAAAUUAUUGAUCCAGGUACAGAAGAAGCUAAAUAUGUCAUUAAUAUUAAACAAAUGGCAAAAUAUGUCGUCGGACUUGGUGAUAAAGUUGCACCAACAGAUAUAGAAGAAGGUAUGAGAGUUGGAGUCGACCGUAAUAAAUACAAGAUUCAAAUACCAUUACCACCAAAAAUAGAUCCAUCAGUUGCUAUGAUGACUGUGGAAGAUAAACCAGAUGUCACAUACAAUGAUAUUGGCGGUGCUAAAGAACAACUUGAAAGACUUAGAGAAGUUGUGGAAAUGCCACUAUUACACCCCGAGAGGUUUGUUCAAUUGGGUAUAGAUCCACCAAAAGGAGUUCUAUUAUAUGGACCUCCUGGCACUGGAAAAACAUUGACUGCUAGAGCUGUAGCUAAUAGAACUGAUGCAUGCUUUAUAUGUGUUAUUGGUUCUGAAUUAGUACAAAAAUAUGUAGGUGAGGGGGCACGUAUGGUAAGAGAACUCUUUAGGUUAGCCCGUAGUAAAAAAGCCUGUAUUUUAUUUAUUGAUGAAGUGGAUGCUAUUGGUGGUGCUAGAGGUGAAGAAAGUGCUCAUGGAGAUCACGAAGUUCAAAGAACUAUGCUAGAAAUUGUUAAUCAACUAGAUGGAUUUGAUGCAAGGGGAAAUAUCAAAGUACUUAUGGCAACUAAUAGACCUGAUACAUUAGAUCCUGCACUUUUAAGGCCUGGGAGAUUAGAUAGAAAAGUAGAAUUUAGUCUACCUGAUUUGGAAGGAAGAACACAAAUAUUUAUGAUUCAUGCAAGAGUUAUGAACAUGGAACGUGAUAUAAGAUUUGAAUUACUAGCUCGUCUUUGCCCGAACUGUACUGGUGCAGAUAUUAGAUCUGUAUGUACGGAAGCUGGGAUGUUUGCAAUUCGUGCUAGAAGAAAAAGUAUUAGCGAAAAAGAUUUAUUGGAAGCUAUAAAUAAAGUCGUACGUGGCUACAAAAAGUUCUCAGCAACCCCUAAAUAUAUGGUAUACAAUUAA